GAAGAGGGAAGGAAAAAUACGGCGCGGCUCCCAGGGAAAAUUCGAACGUUAUCCGUGUCUCAGGAUUCGCACGGGAUCCUCUCGGGCCCUCGAGGGGUUGCUUCGCCAACGAGCGCGUCGCGGAACGAUCGGCGACAAGGUGGAGAGCACGACGAGAGAGGUGGAGGCGAGAGAGGAUAGAGGGCCAUAUCACGGUGACUCUUCCUGCGACGACGACGAGAUCCGAAGGGUUUUCGCGCCGGCGGCUGCCGCGGGGGUGAAAGUGGGGUCUUAAAAGGUUCCGGUGGGAAACCCAGCAGGGCGUGAAUGGCUCCAGACACGCUGGAGGUGCCCGGAACGUUUCGUUAGAGGCGUGAGAGGGAGAGCGAAGUAGAGAGAGGAGAAAAAGAGUAGCUACGGAACGAAAGGGGGUUGAGGGGCGCGCAUACACGCACGCAUACACGCGUUGCGUGUCGUUAUGCGUGAACGGGGACACACGUGCGCGCGCACGUAGCGGCGUCUCUCCUUCAAGUUCGCCAGCAGCGCACUACUACACGCGACUCGGCCACGAGGAGUCGGGGUCUUUGUUCACGAAAGUUGGGUUUACCUCGUUCCUACGGAGCGACGGAUCCCGCUCGGCGACGCGUCGCCCUUCUUCCCCUUCUAUUUUUGCAACCGCGCGCGAGGCCCCGAGAGAUAUUUCUUGUGAAAAUACACGAGCGUAUUGACGCGUGCGGGGGAAAUCGAUGAGCGAGACAGUGGUUGCGGUAAACGGUACGAGCCGGAAGUGGCUCGACCCGAUCUUCCGUUGAAGAGGUGCCACUCGAAUCUACUCGCACAAAAGGCGAUAAUUGUGCGCGGCUGAUUCACGACGAAUUGAGAGCUCCUGGUGAGCGGCGGACAGCCGACUACGGCGACGUCGCCGGCGAUGUCGUCAGGGGGUGCGCUGAGUCCGGGCGCCCUUUCGCCCUCGUCGACGGCGACUACGACGACGGGGGUGGGACCGGCGGGUACAGGUGGCGCCACGACCCCCGUCGGUGGUACUACCGGGCCCGGUUGUUGCGAAAACGGCAGGCCCAUGAUGACGGACCCAGUGACGGGGCAAACGGUGUGCAGCUGCCAGUACGACAGCGCGGCGAGAUUAGCGCUGGGUGCGUAUCCCAGGCUAGCGCCCACCGCGACCUCCUACUCCUCCUACCCCACGCCGACGCCCUCAACCACCGACCAGGGGCCUUACCCCAGCAUCGGCAUGGACAGCUCCGCGUUCUACUCCCCAUUGGGUAAUCCGUACGGACUGAAGGACGCGACGGGGAUGGGCAUGACGCCGGACAUGGGUGCUGCCUGGGGCUCGGCCGCCCUUCAACCUGCCCCCGCGGGUUACUACCCUUACGAUUCAGCCCUGGCCGCCUACGGGUACGGCGCCGGCUACGACCUGGCGGCGCGGCGGAAGAAUGCCACGAGGGAGUCGACGGCAACCUUGAAGGCUUGGCUGAACGAGCACAAGAAGAACCCGUAUCCGACGAAAGGCGAGAAGAUUAUGCUGGCUAUCAUCACGAAGAUGACGCUAACGCAAGUCUCCACUUGGUUUGCGAACGCGCGGAGACGUCUCAAGAAGGAGAACAAAAUGACCUGGGAGCCGAAGAACAAGACGGACGACGACGACGACGCGGUGCUCACCGAUUCCGAGGAUAACAAGGAGAAGGACGAUCUAGCGGCGGACAAUAGAGGCGACCGAGUCGGCGAAGAGGCGAGACGGGGCCUCGACGAUACCGAGCCGAUGAGGCACGUGAAAGCUGAGCUCAUGCAGCACGAGAAGGAUCUCGAGGACGACGACGAUCUCGAUCUCGAGGAGGAUCGUCGACGGGGCGAGCAUCCCUUUCACCACACGAUGCAGCACCAUCACCAUCAUCACCAGGGUUACGGCGGUGAGGAGCAUCUGAAGGAAGAAGGAAUCAAGCAGGACUGCAGCGCCGGCGGCGUGCCGAUCCCGGCGACGAAGCCCAAGAUCUGGUCGUUGGCGGACACCGCGGCGUGCAAGACGCCACCGCCGUCUUCACACCAACAGCAAUACCACCACCUGCAUCAUCAGCAGCAUUACCCGCAGCAGCAGCAGCACCACCUGCCCAACCAAGCCCACCAUCACCACUCGCAACAAGCGUGGCUCGGGGCGACGGGUGGAGGCGGCGGUAGCGCCGGCGGAGGAAGCUUGAGCUCGUUCGCUCUGCCCUCCUCGGCGGGUAUGAGCCCGUCCGCGGCAGCGACGACGCCCUACUCCAGCGCUGCCGUUAGAUACGGCGGCUUCCUCUCGUCCUCGUCCGGCGGCCAGCUGCACUACAACCCGAACUCCUCGUCCGGCUCGAGCUCGAGCGCCUCCUCCUCGGCGGCGGCGGGGUUUCCCGAGGUUGGCACGGACACUCCACCGCAGACGCCACCCAAUAUGAAGGUGGCCACGCCGAACGGAGUGAUCCAGCCGCCACCGGGUGGCUACUGCCCUGGUGGCAACGCGAAUGCCGCGACUAACGGCAAUCCCAAUCCCUACGGGGCGAGUCAUCCCGGCGGUGGUGGUGGCGGUUACCUGUCGACGAGCUCGGGCUCCAGCAGCGCCUCCUCCUUCAGCUCGCGGCUGCAGAGCUCGCCGCAUAAGGACUUCUCGCCGGUCGGGCAGAACUCCAUUCUGCAUCAGCAUCAAACCACUGCCAGCUUGCCGCCCACGGAAGCUACCACUGCGUUCAAACCCUUCUACAAAGGCUCGCAGUCGAUGGGUAGCGGUUUCGUGUCACCGGUCUAAGGAGCUAGCAUAAAGGUCCAGGAUGACAGUCGUCUUUCUCUCGAAAAGAUAAAGCGGCGCCGUUGAGGAAAGGUCCUGCGAAGGAGGUCCUGCGGCCGGACUGUAAAUACGUGCUCCUGAGUGGUCUCGGGAUUUAUUAGCGUUAUCUCGAGCUCGCGCGUCAGACGCGAAGAAAGAAGGAAGCGCGGAGCGCACUAGCGGAAGGGAGAAGGAGAGAACGGAGCGGGGAGAAAAGGGUAGAAAGGGUUUGGGAGAGGAAGGGUGGAUGGAGGGCAGUUGACUCUUCGGGAUACAUAAAUCGUCCCCCCCCCCCCCGACCUCUGGAAGGAAACGCGACCGGGAGAAGACGUAUAUGGGGGGCGGAUAGAGCGGGCGCUCGCGCGAGGGGCGCGGCAGGAGGAGGAGUGGGCGGCGGCAGCUUAGGGGAGAUUUAGGAAUUAGGAGAAUUACGUCAAAGUGCCUGCUUACGCACGGCUACGUACGGCGAGGCGACACCGCGAGCUCGGGUGUGUGAGAGGAAAGAGUAUGAGGGACCGGCAACGCGGGAGGAUUUAUGUCCGAGGCUCGCGCGCGUUUCUCCCGGUAAAAAAUUGGUUCGUCGCGACCGAGCGUAGCGGAGAGUAUGGCCGCUAUUUCCGAACGGUUACUGGUUAUCGUAACCGCACCGUGCCUGCCGACGGGCUUUCUCUAGGAGGAACGACAGCGGGAAGAAGUGCGAGCAGCGGCGAUGCGCGGGUCCACCUUGUCGCUGAGGCACGCUCAGGUGGAGGUAAAUGUUUUCGGGAUACACCUGGGUCGAGAGAGUAAGAGAUGAGGGAUGAGGGGGGAGGGGAAGAGAGAGAGAGAGAGAGAACGGUCGUACGAUUUCUCCGCCGACGAUCUUCGGUGCCCGGAUACCAUCGGUGCAUCGUUUCCACGUAUACACAUGCAUGUGUAUAUACAUAAUACAUACAUAGACACACAGGCGCGCAACACAUGUACCGUCUACACGUCGCGAUGUCGCGAAUUAAUCUCUUCCUUUCCUUUUCUCUUUUAGUCAACACACACCAUUCAGUUCGGUCGUUCGGUGUCUUUGGCAAGAGCGAGUUCCCGCGUGCGCGCGUAGAAUCCUCGAUUCUGUAAAUAGGAGAGACGAGAGGCGCCGAUCGUGCUUCGAGAAGCUGCGCCGACGGCGUCGCAGCAUCAACGGAGAUUGUACGCGCGUACACACACACGUACACACACACACACAUAUAUAUAUGUACGUGACACGUGUAUAUAAUACACUUGCCGGUAGAAGGGCGAGUCGUUUUCGAGAUCCCAUUAUACCGCCGGUCGAUCUGUCCGGUUUGCCCGUUUCGACGGGACACGGAGUCAAGCGGGACCGGCUGGAGGACAAACGACGCGCCUCCUUCGAGAUCGCGAGCGGAUACCAAUCGCGUAUUCACGGGCAACGUGCAAGUAAGCAAGCUAGCAAGCAACCGCUGGCUCCUUCGUUACAGAGGAAGUAACGAGGUACCCUCCAUCUAAGAACGGUCAUCGUUCGAAAUCGCUCGUGGUAGCUCAGUGGGGUGAUUUCGACGAGACGAGGAACGAGGUUCGGGUGAAAUGUUGCGCCCGAAGUCGCGCGGUACCACCAGAAUCGUGAGAUACACAAAGAACAAGAGGGGGAGGGGAAAGAAAAAUACAGAGAGAGAGAGAAAUACUUGAUUUACCUGCUGUAAGUUUAAGGCGAAAAUAAAGGAAAGACAGAUCGCAUAGCGUACUACAAAGCUACUAUCUUUAAACUACCACUAACUCCUUUAACUAUCCGAAUGAAAUAUUAACGUAUACCCGACAUACCCGCAUAUAGAGAUGGAAUGAUAAAUAAUGCACACCUACGCAUCACACACACACACACACACGUUGACACGCGAGUUAACUCUAGGCCGUAGAUCUUAAGGCUGUACCUACUACAUCACGAAAUUUUAUCGGGGCGGCGUCUCGAGAGUCCCCGCGGAAAGAAGGAGAGAAAGAUACCCGCGCCGCAGAGUAUACUAUAUUCUAAGUAUAAAUACGAAUAAAUAUAUAGGAAGGAAGGGAGAGAAAGGGAAGGAGGAAGAUCGUACGAGCGGAGAGAUGGCGCGUAAUAAUGAUUAUCAGCGGCAAGCGGAUACGACGGUGGUGCUGCUACGAGGAUCAAAUUUGUCCUUUUUCGCGCGCGACCGAGCCGUGCACUCGCGCAUCUCAACGUCAAAUCGGCAUACCUCGGCCUAUUUUCCGUCUCGGCGCUCUUACUUUCUCUUUUCUUCGUUUCUAUCGUUUGUCAAUAUUGUAGCACUAACUUAUGUAAUAAGGGGAUAAUCUUCCCGCUAAAGAUAAAAGUGAAUAACAUCUCGAACACCAACACGCGCAACGUCGUGAGAUACUCUUCUCGCGUCGAGCGAUCGUUGCUUAGUGCGUAGCGUUAUUAUAAAUUAAAAUUCUCUGAAAUAAUUUUCCAACGAAAAUCUUGAAAAGUUACGGACGAGCGGUAGAAUUAGUCAAUGUUUCGUUUUUAAGGACGUUGAUCCUUUCGGUCGCGGAAAAUUCGCGCACGCGAGGAUUUCGUCGCGUAUGCGUUGCAGCACGCGCGCAAGUAUCGCUCGAGGAAGUCACGCGAAUCGAAAUGCGGCAGUGCACGGUGCUCGAAAUUGUUGAUAUUUUUUUAUAUGAACAUGUAUGUAUAUCGCGCGCGCGCGACUUGUACUCUUCUCUUCGAAGGGAAGAGCGGCCGGCGAUCGAGCAGGACGCGCGGUGUGUUUCGCCAAACACGAUAGUCUCGGGCCGCGUUUCGAAAGAAGAAAACAAAGAGAAAAACGAAAGGAAAUAUCAGCUAUUAUUUUGUACUUUGGAGUAACGAGAGUGCGCGCGAGAGUCGGCGGUUUGAGAGUGUGCGAACGCAACUUGUACAUUGUUUUGUAAAGAAUACAUUUAUUUAUAUCUGUGAUAACGGGAGAGCGAGAGAGAGAAAGAGAAAGCGAGAGAAUGUGUGUGUAUAUGCAAUUUUUCCGUUUAACGGAAGGAAACGACAUACACGCAACAUAUAAACAGACCUACCACACAACACGCACACACACACCCACAUAUAAGGCGUUUGCGGUAUCGGUAUACUCUGACGAAGAAGACGGUCGGUGCUCGUGCAUUCGUUGACACGUAUAUCAUAGUAUAAUUAUAGAUAACGUUAUUGUAAAUAAUCAGGAGAAAAGUAGAGUCGCGAAACGAGGGUCGAUUGUGCCGCUUCGCGGGCGGUCUAGUUAACGAGCUGGGAUGGAGCGGUAAAUAAAAAUGAAAAGAUUAUACAUAUAAAUAUACAUAUAAAUAUAUAAAUAUAACGCACGUUUUGUGUACAUUGUCGCACCCUCGUGAGAGAAUCUAUUUGUUGUGAAUAGUACAGGUAAUGACGCAGAUAUACACUAUGACUACUAGGUUUUAUUCGCUUGUUCGUACGAAUUCGAUUGUAAAGUAAUUAAAAACUGUACAUAGUUCUGAAUGUGAAUAUAAACAGAAUAUAUAUAUCUAUUAUUAUUGCAAUUAUUAUUAU